CUGGGACUGGCAGAGACCGGCAGGCAGUUACAGGGCUGGUGACGGGACAGGGGCCGGACAGCCUAUCUCCGUAUCACCGGAGGCUGGCAGCCAUUGCACUGACAAGUAAUCCCCAGCAGGGAGCGGGGAGUCCGGGUAUUCCGAAUAAUUUGCCGACCGCGGAGGAAGACAUGGACAGCGAUGAUGAAAACGUGGAGGAGACGGUGGAAGGUGAGUUGGAUGAAGAUGGCUUGCCCCAUGGCUUCUGCACAGUGAGCUACAGCUCCACGGACCGCUUUGAGGGACACUUUGUACACGGUGAAAAAAAUGGACGUGGAAAGUUCUUCUUCUUUGAUGGCAGCGCCCUGGAAGGAUUUUAUGUGGAUGAUGCAUUGCAAGGCCAAGGUAUCUAUACCUAUGAGGAUGGAGGAGCCCUUCAUGGUACAUAUGUGGAUGGGGAGCUAAAUGGUCCAGCUCAGGAGUUUGACGCAGAUGGUAGACUGAUCUUCAAAGGUCAAUACAAAGAUAACGUUCGACAUGGCGUCUGCUGGAUCUACUAUCCUGAUGGAGGCAGCCUUGUUGGGGAGGUGAAUGAGGACGGAGAGAUGACUGGGGAUAAGAUUGCCUACGUUUACCCAGAUGGAAGAACAGCUCUGUACGGAAAGUUUAUUGAUGGAGAGAUGUUGGAAGCAAAACUGACCUAUCUGACAUCCGUAGAAGAAGGAAAGCCUCACUUUGAGAUGGUCCCGGGUGGCAGUGUUUAUACUUUUGAUAAAUCUACUUCAUCCUGUAUUGCUACAAAUCCUUUGCUUGCCGACCCCUACGAAUCAGAAAGAGUUUAUACCGCUCCCUCACUGGUUUCCAAUGCUGGAGAAGGUCUCUAUGCGAGAAUAAGUGCCGGGCCUCAAACUGUUAUGUCAUUUUACAAUGGUGUAAGGAUUACACAUCAUGAGGUAGACAGUAGGGACUGGUCUAUGAAUGGCAACACAAUAUCCCUAGAUGAGGAAACAGUCAUUGAUGUUCCAGAGCCAUACAAUAUGACUGAAAAGUAUUGUUCAUCGUUGGGCCACAAAGCCAACCAUUCCUUCACACCCAACUGUAUGUAUGACACGUUUGUCCAUCCACGAUUUGGACCCAUUAAGUGCAUCAGGACUAUCAUGGCUGUGGAAAAGGAUGAGGAAUUGACUGUGGCCUAUGGCUAUGAUCACAACCCAACUGAGAAAAAUGGCCCAGAGGCACCAGAAUGGUACCAGCAACAACUAAAGGCGUUUCAGAUUACACAGCAGAAGUGAACAGAGCCUUAUACAGUGCUUUGGUUGAAAGGAUCUAUGCAUAACUUUUCUUACUAAAGACUGGUAUGGAAUACAAAGAUCCUUCAGUGUUCUAACUCUAGAUUGAUCUGUUGUAGUUGCAUUAAGACAAUAAAUUCUCAUGUAUUUUUUUUUUUCUUUAAAAGCUAAAACAUUCAAGGAGCAGAAUUGUAUUUAUAGCUUUUUUCAUAAAUGUCAUACAAUUAGACAAAUGCAACCUUGGGUAGUUUUGCCAUAUAUUUUUAGGACCCAAAAUGCAGAGCCAUUUCUUUUUUUCACAAAUACAAGAUAUUCAAGGACA